UCGGAAAGGCCAUAGCAGUUUGGAUGUAGACGCGUGCGCCUGCAGCGGCAAGUUGGCUGAGACUUCAUAAUAUCGACCUGCCCGAUCGGUUGCCCUGAUGAGAGAUCCAGGUGACACAGCCGCCGCCAUGACCUACCAUCCUUUCCAAGCUCAUCGACCGGGUACCUUGCCCCUGUCAGCCUUCCUGGCCGCCGCUCAGCCCUCGCUUUUCCCCGCGCUGGCUUUCCCAGACGUCGCCUCCCUCUCCGAGCCUGUUUCGGAGCAGGCUGCCUCUGACGCGGGGCUGCACGCGGCUCUGCGACGCCUGCAUCGGCCCGUCCAGCCGUGCUCCUCGAGGAGCCUGCAGCCGGAAGCAGGGCUGGACGGUGACCCGCAAGUCACACUGGAGUCCAAGAAUUUAUGGAACGAAUUUCACAAGAAGGGAACCGAGAUGGUUAUUACAAAAUCUGGAAGGAGGAUGUUUCCGCCUUUCAAAGUGAGGGUGGACGGGCUGGAUGAAACGGCAAAGUACAUCCUGCUGAUGGACAUCGUGGCUGUAGACGACUGCCGCUACAAGUUUCACAGCUCCCGCUGGAUGGUGGCUGGAAAAGCUGACCCGGAGAUGCCAAAGCGUAUGUACAUCCACCCAGACAGCCCGUCCAAAGGAGAGCAGUGGAUGAGCAAGCCUGUUGCUUUUCAUAAACUCAAACUCACCAAUAAUAUAUCGGAUAAGCACGGAUUUACAAUUUUGAACUCAAUGCAUAAAUACCAACCCAGAUUUCACAUCGUGAGAGCAAACGACAUAAUGAAGCUUCCAUGCAGCACCUUCCGGACUUACGUUUUCCCGGAGACGGAGUUCAUCGCUGUCACGGCCUAUCAAAAUGAAAAGAUUACACAGCUCAAAAUUGACAAUAAUCCCUUUGCCAAAGGAUUCAGAGACACUGGAAAUGGGAGACGAGAAAAGAGGAAUAAACAGUUAAACAUGUCGUUGCUGCAUGAGAACGGAAGCAAAGCAGACCAGGACAGUGUUGAUUCUGAUAACUCGUGUGAACAACCCAGUACCAGUGAUUUCUUUUAUUCCCCUGGGGAGCUGGUGAGCAGCCCUCUGAUGUCCACCCCAACCGGUCAAGAUGAGAACAAUACUGGAAUUGAUUCAGAUGUUGAUCUACAAUAUGAGGACAUUGCUGAAGACAGCUUUGCCAAGGCUGAACACGCAUCUACCCUGAGUCUGAAAAGCGCGGAGAUACUGCAGAACAAGUCUGCCGUCAGUAAGAGUGACAACAAUCAGGACACAGUAAAAGAAGGAACAGCGUUUAGAACAUCAGAUGAUACGCGCUCCAUGGCAGUGGACUCUUCAAAAAAGCACAGGAGUGAAAUCGAAGAUGGGGUUCUGCCUACGAUGUUGCAAACGUGCAGCUCAUCAUCCCUGAGUGCUGGUCAUCUUGAGACUUUGGAUUUCUCAGGUGCACACAGCCAACAGUUUCUUAAGCUUGGGGCACCUUUGUUUUUUCAUCCUGGACAGCUGUCAAUGAAGCCACAGGCUUUUCCCACUACGAGUAUGGGGCAUCUAUUUUCCUCUUUAUCUGGAGUAAAUGAAGUAGAAAAUGGAGGCCUAUCUCCUCAAAGCAUUGCCUCUUCAUCUCCCUUCAUGUUUCAGCUGUCACAGCCCAUGCUGGCAUCUCAGGGAAUCUCACUGUCACCCUUUGGAGGAUUGUUGUCAUAUCCGUACAUGGCAGCACCAGCUGCGCUCAGCCUGGCUCUCCCCACUCGUUCUGCAACCUCAUCGCUCGCCAGAAACCACUGUUUCCGCAGCUCCCGGCCUUGGUUGCAAUUCAGCCCUUAUCAGAUCCCCACCUCUGUCACCUCAAGCCUGCUUACAACCAGAUCCUCUGGCAGUUCAGACUCACGAUCUGAGCUUUCCAAAUCGGGAGGCAGAGAGUCAGGUCCGGUGUGUGACAAUCACAGCUACAAAACUAAGGCCAAGCAGACGACUGCUCCACAUAAAACCAGCGUUAAGGGUUCCAUGAAUGAACUGCACAACAUGUAUAAUCCGGUUAGAGGACUCGAUAAACCACUCACUCCACGGUAA